GGCCGCCGCUAUGGCACGUCCAAAGAUGAAGGUUCCAACAUUCAGCAACCUCUUUAAACUCGCAGAAGACGACACGACCUCGGUCGACGGGCACUCAAACACCUCGCGAUUAUCGCGACGGAGCAGCACGACGAGUAGCAUGAGUAGGAGUGCGAGCACUGUUGAGACUUACCGGUAUAGAAACGGAGAGAUCGUCGCUGACAGCGAACCACGCGACGUGUUAGCGUCAAGGGAAGAGAGGCCCCUUACGCUGAACCCUGGGGGACAAUUUGGCACCCAGCCUUCGUUGGGAUUGGCGAAUGUGCAUGUGGGAUCAGAUCCCGUUGGCCAUGUCCAGCCUAUUUCUAAUUCUCAUAAGAGUGGGGGCUCGGGGUGGAGGCCGGCGAGUGGGAGUACGGGCUCGACACAACCACCGCCUUUGACGCCGGCACAGAGUAGUAUCAAGAGCUUUGAGAGUGCUAGUCCGAAGAUGGGGAUGGAGAUGAAGUUUCCGCAUCCGCAUAUGUAUGUGAAUGGGUUGAGGAGUAAGCAGCCUUCGACUACGCCAGCAUCGACGGUGUCGGGGCGGAUGGAGAGUAUGACGGAGAGAGCGAUGCGGACGCAGGAUAUUCCGAGGAGUGACGGCACCGUCUGCACGGAUUUGGACGAAUACGGUCCACGAAUUACGCGACAACAGGCAAUCGCACAAUCUUACCGACAACCAUCCACCAUGCCGCAUUCGUCGUCCGUAUCCUCAAAGUCCGGCAAAUCAAAACUCAAGAUCCCUACUUUCUCGAAUUUGGUACGCGUACAGCAACCACAGUCACAACUUUCAUCAAGCCCAGCACCACCGAGUAUGAUGCCGCCACCACCACCGCCUGGGCCGCCGGUUGUGUCAGCGAAGAGUUCGGCGAGGGAUUUGCGGGAUUCAGGGUUUGAUGAGUCGAAUCGGUUAUCACGGACUUCGACGAACACCACGCACAGGGCUUCACCAUCCCUUGCCCCUGCUCCAUUCGAACCAGAACGAAGAGAGAGUUUAAGAAGUCAGAGGAGUGUGGCGAGCAUGCGGUCGAUGCAGAGCAUGAGCACGAGUACCACACGUUCGGGAGCAGCAGGAGCGGAGAGAAAACAUGUUGUGUUGAAGCAGAAGAGUAGUAAGGCGUUGAAUUGGGGCGAUGAGCCGGCGCUGCCGACGUUUAGGAUAGGAGACGUGCCGAAAACCGUGCUGCCGCCGCUGCCACCUUCGCCGACAAUACAGCAGGGGUCUGGGCUUGGGAGGAGACCGAGUGCAGCGACCACCAACAGCGCAGGAUCAAUGCCGAGUCCGGGACUGAGAUUGGGAAUGGGGUUGGAGAGUUUCCCGGGUGUACCGAUUGUGAAGGAUCGGACUGUGAUCAGACGGAAAAACAGCCUGGGUCUGAAUAAGAAUCUGCCGCCGGCGCCGGUUGCACCACCGCCGCCUGUUGGGUUACCCCCUACACCACGGGGUCCACCACCACCGCCAAGUACGGGGAUUCCGGGACCGCCUGUAUCUGUCGCGCCACCGAUUUUCGUGGAGGAUGUUAGGAUGCUUAGGGGGAGACAACGGUCACUGCCGAGGGAGGAGAGUCAGGUGCGAACUCAACCGGUCAUGACGCAGCAAGUUGGGGAGGUGAAAAGGACGUAUGUCGCUGUUGACGAGAGUCCGACGUUAGGGCAUGCGGAGCUGGAUCUGGGUGGACUUGGGGCGGGAGAGAGGAUUGGGGAUGCGUUGUUGGAUGAUAUGUUGGAGGAGUUGAUGCUUCUUGAUGAUGAGUAUGCGCUGGCGCAUGAGCAGCUUCACAAAGCUUCUACUACGGCGAGAGUUUUGGUGGAAGAGCCGUUGCCGAUGCAGAUACCGGUACCGGUUACGCCGAGGAAGGUGGGAAGGAUUGGGGUGGGCAUUGGGAGUUUUGGAGGGGAACUGGUCCCAGACACGCCGAGGAGUAUUAAGAGGAGGAGUGAGCGGACUCAGAGGAGGGAUUUGGAGGCUUUGGAGAGGGAGUUGGAGAUGAUGUGAGGGUGAAGUGCAAAGAUACAUGGGUAUACAGACAUUUUGUGAGCGUUGGAGAGGUUUCAGCGGGGUGUUUUUCAUUUCUUCUGGGAUGUUAAGGAGUUUUGUUUGAG